GGAAACUCGGCUGAUUCUCGGCUCACGCUGGCUGGGAGAAAAGGUUGGUGGUCCGGGGCUGGAGCUCUGUGGGUGCAGGCCGCGGGCAAGCGGAGGCAGACUGGGAGGGCACCUACAGAAAGACGGUAAGAAGAAAAGUUGAUUGUAAACAAGACCAUAUUUUCAUCCAUAAUGGAACAAGCAGUUGUUGAACCAAUGAGAGACCAGGUCACCAGUGUGAUAGAGGACAUUUCCAAGGCAAAGAAGUGUACAGUGAUUGGAGGCUCUGGAUUCCUGGGGCAGCACAUGGUGGAGCAGUUGCUGGCAAAGGGCUACAACGUCAAUGUAUUUGAUAUCCAGCAAGGAUUUGAUAAUCCCCGGGUGCAGUUCUUUCUGGGUGACCUCUGCAGCCAACAGGACCUGUACCCAGCUCUGAAAGGUGUAAGCACAGUUUUCCACUGUGCGUCACCCCCACCAUCCAGUAACAACAAGGAGCUCUUUUAUAGAGUGAAUUUCAUUGGCACCAAGAAUGUCAUUGAAACUUGCAAAAAGGCUGGGGUUCAGAAACUCAUUUUGACCAGUAGUGCCAGUGUCAUCUUUGAGGGCAGUGACAUCAAAAAUGGAACCGAAGACCUUCCUUAUGCCAUGAAGCCCAUAGACUACUACACGGAGACUAAGAUCUUACAGGAAAGAGCAGUUCUGGACGCCAAUGAUCCUGAGAGGAAUUUCUUAACCACAGCCAUCCGCCCUCAUGGCAUUUUCGGCCCACGGGAUCCCCAGUUGGUCCCCAUCCUCAUUGAGGCCGCCAAGAAGGGCAAGAUGAAGUUCAUGAUUGGAAAUGGGAAGAACUUGGUAGACUUCACCUUCGUGGAGAAUGUAGUCCAUGGACACAUCCUGGCUGCAGAGCACCUCUCCCGAGACGCAGCCCUGGGUGGGAAGGCAUUUCACAUCACCAACGAUGAACCCAUCCCUUUCUGGACGUUCCUGUCCCGCAUCCUGACAGGCCUUAAUUAUGAGGCCCCCAAAUACCACAUCCCCUACUGGGUAGCCUACUACCUGGCCCUUCUGCUGUCCCUGCUGGUGAUGGUGAUCAGUCCCAUCAUCCAGCUGCAGCCCACUUUCACACCAAUGCGGGUUGCACUGGCUGGCACCUUCCACUACUACAGCUGUGAGAAAGCCAAAAAGGUCAUGGGCUACCAGCCACUGGUCACCAUGGAUGACGCCGUGGAGAAGACCAUACAGAGCUUUCACCACCUGCGGAAGGUCAAGUGAGGCACCCUGGAGACUGGGCCAUCUCAGUGCGUGCCCUGGCCCAUAACUUUCUCCCCUGUGCAGUGAUGAACUAAUAUCCUUUGAAUGAGUUUCUUCUGAGCUUAAGACUCUUCUUGCUAGUUAGAUGAGAGCAUGCCCUGCUCCCUCCAUGACUAUGAGAGUGACAGGAACAGCAGACAUUCCUCCCUUCAUGGCAUUGGAUUUGAAUUUUUAAUACACCUUCAUAUUAUAUUGUUUUGUUCUC